AUGGCUUAUCCAGACGCUUCAGAACGUUGCUAUGGAACAGUGGUGUACUGCAAAUCAAGUGAUGCACAAGGAAAUACUAUGAUUAAAUUAGUUGCUAGUAAAUCCAGAGUAGCAUCGAUUAAAAGCUUGACGAUUCCCCUGCUAGAGUUGAACGCCGCAAUCUUGUUGCCAAAACUUAUGAAAAAAGUGUUGGCAGCAAUCAAAACGGCAGUGACUAGUGUUUACUAUUGGUGGAAUUCUACUAUUGCGCUUGUGUGGCUCCAGAAACAACCAAUAGAUUUAAAACAGUUCGUACAAAGCAGAGUAGCUAUGUUUCAAGAAAAUACUAGUACUAAACAGUGGCAUCAUGAGAGCACAUCAUCUCAGAGCACAAUCCAGCUGUCAUCUUAUCUCGAGGUAUAG